AUGGGCCAGAUGGCAGGCGACCUUGGCUGGCGGCUCAGCCUGUUGCUACUGUCCUUGCUCCUGGUUCGAGCCGGUGUCUGGGGAUUCCCGAGGCCCCCCCUGAGCCUGCAGGAGCUGCGAAGGGAGUUCGCAGUCAGCUUGCACCUCGCCAGGAAGCUGCUCUCUGAGGUUCGGGGCCAGGCCCACCGCUUUGCUCAAUCUCACUUGCCGGGAGUGAACCUGGACCUCCUGCCCCUGGGAGAGCAGCUCCCCAACGUCUCUCUGAGCUUCCACGUCUGGCGCCGCCUCUCUGACCCAGAACGACUCUGCUUCCUCUCCACGACGCUUCGGCCCUUCCAUGCCCUGCUGGGGGCGCUGGGGAGCCAGGGGGACUGGACCAGCUCUGAGAGGAUGCGGCUGUGGGCCAUGCGGCUGGACCUCCGUGACCUGCAGUGGCAUCUCCGCUUCCAGGUGCUGGCUGCAGGAUUCAACCUCCCGGAGGAGGAGGAGAAGGAGGAGGGGAAGGGCCUUCUCCCAGGGGCUCCUGGCAGCCCCCUGCAGGUGCCGGCCCAGGUGUCCUGGCCCCGGCUGCUCUACACCUACCAGCUGCUGCACUCCUUGGAGCUUGUCUUAUCUCGGGCCGUGCGGGACUUGCUGCUGCUGUCCAAGGCUGGAAACCCAGCCAAGGCCUUGGGGUUCCCAACACCUGGCCCCCAGCCCUGA